GGAAGCAUCCUGCAGAGUUCUCCUGACCUUUGCACCCAGCUCCGCAACCAUGAAGGUGGCAAGUAUCUUUAUUCUCAGUGCCUUGGCACUGCUCAGCUUAGCAGGUAACACUACAGCUAACUUGGUGGAAAAAAAGGCUAAUUGCAAUGACGCAGUUAUGGGAUGUCCCAGGAUUUAUGACCCUGUAUGUGGGAAUGAUGGAGUUACCUACCCCAGCGAAUGUGUACUGUGCUUUGAAAACAGGAAACGCCAGGUUCCUGUUCUCAUUAAAAAUUUUGGGCCUUGCUGAAAGUCAAGAUUUUGAACUCUGUUAAGACUACCAUGUUUGGCUAGCCUGUUUGUUGAAUAAAUGCAUCGGAAUA